AUGGAGCGACACGAGCAGCAAAGCGCCGCCGUCGAGGCUGCCGUCGAUCGACGGCCGUGCGCAAAGUCUCUAGCUUGCCAGUUGGACCCGAGCAAGGUGGCAGAUGAGACCAAGCGGGUGCUGCGCUUGAAAUACCAUAGGGUCAUCAGCCCUCCGACUGUGUACCUGAACUACAAGAGGGCAGCCGUGGACAUCGACUUGCAGGGCAAGGAGGUCCGACUCCACACAGAUCCUGUUCUCCAGGAGGGGCGGUUCGUGCGGCAGCGAGCCCGAGAGCCACACUUGCCUCCAGCCCCGGGAGGAACUCAUUGCUUUCUUCCAGCCUCAGGUCUCCGGAAGCAUCAAGCCCGCCUGCUUCAAUGA